AUGACUACCGCAGAAAUUGCUCGAACCGUAGUAGGCGUCAUAGGAAAUAUCAUUGCGGGAUGCAUGUUCUUGUCCCCAAUCUAUCAGCAUCCCUUGUGCUUAUAUUCUGACAGCAAAAAGAGACUCAAAGUUUUCUUUGGUUUACUCGUGGAGCUUAUUUUCAUUUUUCUUCUCUCAUUUGUUUCAUUGACUAUGAUCCAUAAUGUUAACAAACGUUCUGCUGUUGUUGGAACUAUUUGCAUGCUCUUCAAUGUUGCCAUGUAUGCUUCACCUUUAUCCGUCAUGAAAAUGGUGAUCAAGACCAAAAGCGUUGAGUUCAUGCCGUUUUUUCUCUCUUUGGCUUCAUUUAGCAAUGGAGUGUCUUGGACCAUUUAUGCUCUCAUCCCUUUUGAUCCAUUCAUUGCUAUACCGAAUGGGAUUGGGACAUUGUUUGCGGUUGUACAACUGAUAUUGUAUGCAACAUAUUACAAGUCAACAAAAGAACAGAUAGCAGCAAGGAAGAAUGCAAAAGGAGAGAUGAAUGUGUCAGAAUUUGUAAUUGGUAUCACGAGUAACGCUACUGCUACUAAUGGCCAAGAUGAAACCAACAUCAACAAGAUAACUCCCACUGUCAAAUGA